AUGGUCGCAAAUGCUGUCCUGGUUUGGGCGGCGGACAUGCGGGAGCGAUUCGGGGCAGGAAAUCAGAGUGCGAGAGAGAUGCUCUUGUCCCGGCGGAACGAUGUCAUCCGAGAGCUCCGGAAUAGGAUCUCUUCUUCAGAGACUUGUGCCUCAGAUGCUGUUAUGAUGACGAUUCUUUUGCUGGUUGGAACUGAGCUUCUUCACGACAAUAUCGAUGCAAUGGGAACUCACCUUGGGGCCUUGCGGCACAUCAUUCAACUCAGGGGUGGCAUCGACUCCCCAUCAUUGAGCAAGUGGGUGAAGAUUCCGCUUCUCCAGUUCGAAAAUUUCUUGAACUACCGGCAUUUCGAUCAUGUCAAGAGCUCCGGCUUCGAGAGUGUAUCGCCGAUGGUUGGAGACGCUCGCCACCAAUCUCUGCCAGCAUCCCCUGCUCGACUGGCCAAGUUGCCUCCUGGAUUCGCGGAACUGUUUGCCAGCAUUCCUGUGAAUGUACAGGUCAUGAAUCUUGUGGAAAGAAUAACCCAGUGGGCUCUGCAGAUGGCCGAUCUUCCCGAGGUAGGAGUAGACGGGGACAAGAGUGCAGCCACCGUGCAUGCGAUGACGUUGGAUGCAUUUCGGGCAUUCGACCUGCUCCAACAGGAGCAGCUCGAGGAGACGGAACGGUUAUUGGUCCUCGGCCUGUUUUCCUUUUGCAUCUUCAUGAACGGUGCGGCAAUCUACUCGGUGAUGGAAUGGGCUCAACGACUUCACUGCAUGGCCCUUGUUGGCAAGCCUAUCGCCCCAAUCACGAAUGAGCGUCGGGCGAGCAUGAUCUGGGUUGCUGCCAUGUUGAUGGCAACGGGGGGAGAUGGCUCUCCAGCGUGGCUGUUGGGACGGCGAAUCAAGAGCGUAUGCAGUGGUGCAGAUGCUAGCUUACAGGUCAUUCUCCAAACAAGCCAGAGAUAUUUUUGGGAUCAAGAUCUGACCACGAGACUGACUGGUGGCACGGCUGGAAGCAUGCAAGGUAAUUUCUUCGGAGAUGGGGUAUGA